AUGCGGUUUAGUUCCUCAAAGUAAAUUCAACUAGUCAGACAAAAACCUGAUACCAAAGUGGCUGCACGUUGUGUUGAGUUUGAACAAGAAAAUAUAUAAAUAUAUGAAAAAGAUUAAAACAACAACAGAAAAAAAUUUUUCGGAAAAAUAUCAACUAAUUUAAAACAACAAAUAAAUUAAACAAAAAUUAAAACGGCUCUGGAUUUCAAAAACUACAUUUGGCAACACAGUGUUAUAGAAAAACUUGGUGACAUUAAAAUUAAAAAAAAAUAUUAAAACAAUUAUUGAAAAAUGAAUUGGUUUCUGCUGCUUUUAAUUCUAAAACUUUUCACCAACAUUUGGGCUGCACCCAUAGAUCUGUUGGAAGCCAAAGAUGAUUUUCAAGUGGAUCAAAAUAUUUUAAACGGUUCCAUUAAUAACAAUUUAAAUGGCACCAUUGAACAAGCAGAUACUUUGCUUAAAACAGCAGAAGAUGAGAUCAACAGCACCUUUUCACAUUUAAGUGAAAGUCUUAAUGAGAAUGCUCAGAAAACCUCCGCAGAUUUGCAAAACUUUACAGCUGAAAGAGAAAAUGUUAAGGAAUCAAAUUUUGAAAAAGUAACAACCGAACAAAUUUCUGAAGUAGUUCCCACAACAGAGGUAAAUGGAGAUCAAAUUAGUGCAAUUAAAAACUCUGAUACGAUUAUAUCUCAUGAGGAAACUAAACCUGAAGAGAUUUCCCUAACCACUCAAAGUCCAGUAGAGAUUUCAACAGAAAUUAUAGAUGCUGUUCAUUCCAGCAGUGAGCAUGUAAUGCCAGCCGAUGCUGAGUCUAGAAAUAAUGAAGAAAUUAUAUUAUCGGAACCAGCAGUUACUGAAUUUGUCUACAACGAUGUGAAAUCCUCAAUGGAAGAAGAAACUGUUAAGGAUGUCAUUACUAUCCCAACAAAUGUAGACACUUCAGUGGAGCCCACGGAAACAUCUGUAGAGAAAACCGACCAAAUGACAGAAAAUAAUUUAAGAACUUUAAAUGCACUUGAAACAGAACAAGUUUCUACCGAUUCUGAAAAUAAUGUUGAACAUACUACUCAAGCAUCUAACCCUGAAACUACUACUCCAAAUACCCCAACAAUUGUGGAAAAUUUAAACGAAAAUGUGGAACAAAUUUAUAAUCUAUCCGAAAAAUUAGUUGAAAAUUUCCUAGACAAAGCUAUUGAAGACACAGGCAAUCUGGAACAGACUGAAAUUUCAGCAAGUAAUCAAGAGUCGACAAGCGUUAAUGAUUUAGGAGAAUCUUAUACUCCCACAACUGAAAAAAUUUCGUCUACACCCAUUGAAAUCAAUAAUAAUGUUGACAAACAAUCUACAAUGGAGGAGACAACAUAUCGUUACCCAGUAGAGACAUCCAGUGAAACUCCUGCCUUAAAAGAGACUGUAGAUUCUUUCAUAAAUCAAGUAACAGAUAUUGGUAGUAGCAUAGGAAAAGCAGCUGAUGAAUUAAGAUUUGAUGCUUCAAUGAUACAUGCAGCUACGGAAAAUUUAAUUAAUCCUGAAGCACCAGUCGUUAUGCAAGAAAAUAUGACGGAACCUCAAGAACCAUUAGUUGCGGAACAUGAAGAUAACUCCGAACAGGCCCCAACUUUUAAAGAAGCAGUUGAUUCCUUUAUAGAAGAAGUUGUGGAAAUUGGUAGCAAAUUGGGCUUGAUUCCAGAGGAAAAACCAGUUGAGGAAAUUCCCACAACAACCGAGCCUUUAAGCGAGCUCAUUAAUAUAGCAACUACCCCUGCCACAGAAGUGAAAGAAGCAGCCGAAAGCACUGAUUCCUCUACAAACUUCGAACAAUCUUUAGAUGUGCUGGUGGGAAAACUCGACGAAAUUGCUGGUAAUUUGGAAGACAAUAAAACUGAUACACCUGUGGUCCAAAUAGAAGAUAAAACUGAGGAAGUCAUCAUGACAACUCCUGCUUCGUUGGAAAAUUUAGCUGAAAAUCAGAACAACAAUUCUGAGUUAGCUCAAAAUUCUGAAAAUUCCAACUUUGGCCGAUCUGUAGAGACCUUAAUAGAAGCAGGUUCCGAAAUUGGUAGCAACUUUGGUCAAACAGUUUCCAAUUUAUUUUCUACAAAUAAAAGUGAACAAGAAACAGCGACCGAUAAACCCAAUGAAAGUGUAGUGGAAACAACUGGUUCAGCGGAGCAAAACAAUGAAGAAGAUUCAGAAAUUUCGAGUACCCAAGUUCCCAUUGUAACUUUUCAAGGAGAUUUUCCAAAAUAUUCGAUUAUAAAUCAUGAAAACAUUGAAGUUUCAUCAACAACUCCAGCUGAGAAUGAAAGUAUCACUUAUCCUGCUGAAGAUAUAACAAAAACCUUGGACGAAGUACAUGAACAUAAGGAAGGUGAAAACUUCACCCAACAAGUUUUACAACAAACUCCAGAAGAUAUUAAGCCUAAGGAGGAAGAACAAUUUGGCAAAUAUGAAAGUUUCUCUCAGCCUGCUGAAGAUAUAACAAAAACCUUGGACGAACUUCAUGAACAUAAGGAAGAUAUUCCAAAGGAAAGUGAGAACUACAACCAACAAGUUUUGCAACAUACUCCAGAAGAAAUUAAACACAAGAAGGAGGAACAAUCUGCCAAAUAUGCUGAAUAUAUACCAGUAGCUGUAAUUACCAUUCCAGAAGCUGAAGUGGAAUCCAUAAAAUCAAACGAUCACUCUGAACCACAGCUAUUAACGAAUGAAGCCAACGAAACUGUGACGGAACAAGAACCUCAAGCAUCACAAGGUGAGGAAUCAAUCGUUGAAAAUAAACAACUUAUAGAAAAUACAAACAGUGAACAACCCUCUCAAGUUAAUGAGGAAAAGGGAAGUGAAAAUCCAAAUCAAGAUUCCCUUGACAAAACUGAAGAGUUCACCACCUUAGCUCCUAUGUCACAAGAAACUACCACCACCAAUUCGCCUGUCGUUGUCUUAGAAGAAACUACUCAUGCCUUAAAUAAAUUUGAAAAUACUUUAAAAACCUUAAUAGAACAGGAAAAACUCAAAUAUGAAGAGAGCCAUGCAACUGCUUUGGAAACCAAUCAACAAGAAACUACCACCUUAGCACCUAGCACUAAAUCAGCCCCUACUCAUCAAGAAGAACCCGCCACUACCACAACACAAUCGCUCGAAGAAACUACCAUGUUACCCAAAAAGUUUGAGGAAGAAUUACAAAUGGCUGUUAAGGCUUUAGAGGAAACAACACACCAUCAUUUCGAGGAGUUCCAAAAUAAUCUUAAAGAAGCUUUCAAAAAGUUCACCGUUUGGGGAGCUGAACAUGAGAGACCAGAAACGACCACCAGCGCCACCACAACAAUAUUCAAGACUGAACUUAAUGAAGCUACAGUAACAACAACGGAAGCAGGAACUACACAACAAACUUUAUCCGAACAACAUACGACUAUGAUGCCAGAUGUAGACGACAACCAAGAUAAGACAGAUGCUGUAUUAGAAGAAUCUUUUAAAACUGAAGAACCUCAUCGUAUUGGUGUUAUAAAUCAAAAUUUUGUAGACAAAUUUGCUGACAACUAUAUAGAAUCUCCUGUAGCUACCAGCACAGAAAUGCAAAUGGUUAAGGAGCAAUCUAGUCAGUUAUCAGAAAUGCCAGAAAGUGUGAUUAAAAUGGAACAAACCACUGAAACUCCUAUCGAUUUGACUACCAUGUUACCAGUUGAAGAGGAAAUUAAGAGUGGAAAUCAAGAGCAGGAGGAUGUUAAAUUUGGUGAAAGUUUCGUAGAGGUUACUACUAUUAAUAAUGAUGAUGAUGUAAAAGAAGCUUUAGCUCCUAUGGCUGAAAAUAUUGUUAAAGAAAGUAGUGCUGAACGUGUGAAGACUACAACAGAAUACAUUGCAGAAACUACCCCUACACCCCUACUGGCCCAUGUAACUUUGCAAAAAGACCUCAAUAGUGUUUCUCUCGUUCCGGACAAUGAACAAAACACAGUUGCGCCUAUACAAGAGCCUACAGCACUGCAUUCAGAUUCUGAACAAAUAAAAGAAAUCCACACAGAAACAACCCCAACUACAGAGGCAAUGGAGGAAGCUAUUACACAGCCAACGUUUGAAACCUCGCUAAAAGAAAUGGUUACAUUUAUUGAACACAAGGACACCACUACUGUCAAACAACAGGAAGACAACGAAGAAGACUCAGUCACCACAAUGCAGACACAGACACAGGAACCUUUAACACAGGCUGCAUUUAUGGAAGAACAACAGCAACAAUUGGAAUCAACAACCGAACAUGAUGCACAAACUCAGACAGUUGAUGCAAGUGGGCAAACAGCCACCACCACUACAGUGAAAAUUGAAGAUGGUGAUGAUGAUGACACUUACAAACAAGAGACAACGGAAACGGAUAUACACUCAACCACUGUAGUGGAAGAAGAUGAAAUGGCAACAACUACUGUUGAACCAACAGCGGCGCCUGUAGAGCCAGAAGCGCGUUCUCUCUCCCUGCCACCACCAAAAUUGGAAUAUUUACAAAAUGAAGACGGCGUAGAAGUAUUCUAUGGUUAUUCAAUAGUUAAACAUAAUUAAUUUUAAUAAUUAAUUCGUCUUUAAUUAAAUUAAUUUAUUGAUUUCUACUAGUUUCAGGCCGUUGUGUUAAGUGUUCUCUCUAGUGUUAAAUUUAAGUUUUCUUUUUCUAUUAGUUUUAUUUAAAAUUUCUUAUUUGUUCUUUAAAUUCUUUUGCAAAUUUAUGCCAUAAAAUUUAAAUAACAAUUUUUUUUACUAUUGGUUAAAAACUGAAUAUAUUUUUUAUUAAGUUUUCUUAAUUUUUCUUUAUAAACUAAACUAAGAAUGUGAUAAAAAAAACCAACACAAAAAUAAUAACAAUAAAAAACAUGUACAAUAUUUAAAAUGAAUAAUAUUAAACAAAAAAAAAAACUAUUAAAUUAAUAUGUAAAAAUAGAACUGUGAAAAAACCAGUUUUUAAAUAAUUAAAACACAAAAAAAAUAUUUUAAUAAUUUUUUUGUUAAAGAAUUUUUUCAUUUUAACGCUUAAAACUAUGAAUGAGUAUGUAAAAAUUUUAAACGAUUAUUAUUAUUAUUAUUAUUGAAUUCUUUUUUAAUAAAACCAAAAUGUUUAU